CAUCGUCCUCGGCAUAGCAAAUGUCAGAGCCAGCUCUGGACGGAGCUCCCAGCGUGACGUAUAAGGACGAUACUGCGCCAGCUCGCGGCUCAAGUAUACUACCUCAUCAUCCUCUCAUUGUUUCUUCCGCUGUGCUAUACAUUAUACUUUGCACAGGAAAGAGAGAAACACCAAAGCAUUGGUACUGACUGCACCCACCAUGCCUACUCCCGUGAACACAGAUCAGAUCCUCAAGGAUGUCAAUAUCCUCGGGAAGCUCGACGACCAACGACGACGAGUGCUCAGCAAGGAAGCCACCAUCUUCCUCGCCAUCCUCCACCGAACAUUCAACUCCACACGGAAGGCCCUCCUAGAACGCCGCCAGGUCCGCCAGCAAGAGCUUGACAACGGCCACCAACUCGACUUCCUUCCCGAGACGAAGCACAUUCGUGAAGAUAAGACAUGGCGAGGAGCUCCCCCAGCGCCAGGAAUGGCAGACAGGAGAUUGGAGAUUACAGGACCAGUCGAUCGCAAGAUGGUUGUGAACGCUUUGAACUCGGAUGUUUGGACAUAUAUGGCUGAUUUCGAAGAUGCCAGCGCUCCAACUUGGGACAACAUGAUCAACGGCCAGGUCAACCUUUACGAUGCCAUUCGCAAGCAAAUCGACUUCAAGCAAGGCGAGAAGGAGUACAAGCUGCGAACAGACCGCACACUACCCACUCUCAUUGCCCGUGCCCGUGGCUGGCACUUGGAAGAGAAGCACUUCACAGUCGAUGGCGAGCCAAUCUCAGGUUCGCUCUUUGACUUUGGUCUGUACUUCUUCAACAACGCCCACGAGCUCGUCAAGCGUGGCGCUGGCCCAUACUUCUACCUGCCAAAGAUGGAAUCUCACCUCGAAGCUCGUCUCUGGAAUGAUGUCUUCAAUCUCGCCCAGGACUACAUUGGCAUGCCACGAGGCACUAUCCGAGGCACUGUCCUCAUUGAGACCAUCACCGCUGCAUUCGAGAUGGAGGAGAUCAUUUACGAGCUCCGCGACCACUCUUCUGGCCUGAACUGCGGCCGAUGGGAUUACAUCUUCUCCGUGAUCAAGCGCUUCCGACAAAACCCACAAUUCGUCCUUCCAGACCGAUCAUCCGUCACGAUGACUGUUCCAUUCAUGGACGCCUAUGUCCAACUCCUCAUCAAGACCUGCCACUCCCGUGGUGUGCACGCCAUGGGUGGCAUGGCAGCACAAAUCCCAAUCAAGAACGACGAAAAGGCCAACGCAGCAGUCAUGGACCAAGUCCGCACUGACAAGCUUCGCGAAGUCCGUGCCGGUCACGACGGAACCUGGGUCGCCCAUCCAGGUCUCGCCCCAGUUGCAGGUGCCGUCUUCAACGAGCACAUGCCAACACCCAACCAGAUCCACCGCCGUCGUGAGGACGUCAACAUCAAUGCCAAUGACCUUCUGAACAUGAACGUUCCUGGCAAGAUCACCGAAGACGGAAUUCGCAAGAACUUGAACAUCGGUCUCGGUUAUAUGGAGGGCUGGCUCCGCGGAAUCGGAUGCGUGCCAAUCAACUACUUGAUGGAGGACGCUGCGACUGCCGAAGUCUCCCGAUCGCAGCUCUGGCAAUGGUGCAGACACGGCGUGCCCACUGCUGAAGGCAAGAAGGUCGACAAGCAGUAUGCCUUGAAGCUGCUGUACGAGCAGGCCGACGAGCUGGAGAAGAAUGGCCCCAAGGGCAACAAGUACAAGCUUGCGGCUAAGUACUUCGCCACCCAGGUGACUGGCGAGGAGUACGCAGAGUUCUUGACAUCAUUGUUGUAUAACGAGAUCACGAACCAGGGUGAGAAGGUCCCUGCCGCUAAGUUGUAGUUGAUCUACUGCUCACGACACGAGCACACCUCCCCGCAGAUGUUUUCACGAAAGCGAGAUUGAACGAAAGUUUCCCUGCUGGAAAAUUAUGAGUAAUGGAGCAACAGUACGGCGCUUCACAUGCAUGCUCGCCGUUACCCGCGUCCCAGCUUGAGUGGUCGGUCGAGUCGAAGCUCUGAAGUGUGCGAGCGGCCUUAUACAGGAAACCAUGAAGUGACGAAGCGAGCAGAUUGGGUAUCAUGAGCAUCUGGCGUACGUGGCAUGGAUUCUGGCGGCAUAUCAUUUGUUCUGAUCACGAGACGUGUUUUGAAGUCUAUCAACAUGCAAUUGAAACGUCUGUGUUGCUCAAUGACGCUUGCCUAUCCUGGUAU